GGAAAACGAAGGGAAUCAAAGCUAAGCUCAGCUUUGAGGAAAGGGUAAAGAUAAACAUAAAUAGAAGUGGGACCGAGCUGAAGCAGAACCUCGCCUCGAUGAUGUACAUAUGGCUACUUUGACCUGGGGAUGGCCUAGUUAUAUGUUUUGUUAUAUGUCACCUAGUAAUGACACGUUUUAAGUAUGGUUUGUAUUAAAGAAUGAAAGUAGACUUUAUAUGUGUGUAAUAUGGUUUUUUGUUGGAGAAAAAAAAAUGCUAUUGCUUUUAUGAUGAUUUCGCAAUAUUAUUGCAGUAAGUCUUCUUUUAUUUAGUAAUUCGGGUUGGGGUGUUACAAGUUUGGUAUCAGAGCCCAGGUUUAAAGCGGUUCUGUAGACCGGCCAUAUGUACACAUCAAGGAAGGAAAUGCUUCACUCGGUAGUAAGUGUUUAUAUUUAUUAGUGAUAUGAUUGAUUCAAUUUCUUAUAUGCUGAUAUGCUACUCGGUUUAAAUAAAUGAUUAAAUUGUAUGAUUUCUCGAGUAGAAAGAGAUGGCUGAAAGGCAAACAUCUGAAGCUAGUGAUAGUCCCACCCGAGAAAGACAUGUUAGGGAAUUUGAUGAAUUACAAGAAAUUAUUCGUAGACAAGGUGAGCAGAUAGAGAAGCUAGCUCAAGAGUUACGACAAGGGCGUAAUGCUGAAGCUGUCCCACCUCCUCCACCACCUCCCCUACAUCAGAUGGAACCUUUAUAUGAGAGAUUUAGAAAACAACGCCCACCUACUUUUGAGGGUAGCAGUGACCCAUUAGAAGCACUAGAUUGGAAGAGUUCCCUAGAAGAUAUCUUUGAGUUUAUGCAAUUAAAUGAUAGGGAAAAGGUGUCUUGCACCGUGCAUACGUUAAAGAAAGACGCUAAGAUUUGGUGGGAUGUUGUUAAGCUUACACGUGACGUUAGUCAGAUGACUUGGGCUGAUUUCGAGACCCUUUUUAACGAAAAGUUCUAUAGUGAAGCUAUGUUAAGUGCUAAAGUAAACGAGUUUAGUAGAUUGUACCAGGGGAGUCUAUCGGUUGCUGAGUAUGCUCGAAAGUUUGAUCGAUUAGCUAAGUUUGCACCGGAUUUGGUGGUCACUGAGGCUAGUAGGGUGAAUCGUUUUCUUGAGGGAUUACAACCAGAGUUAGCUAGAGAUGUUGACAUGGGACGUACUGGGCCUCUCACUUAUUCUCAAGCAGUUGAAAAAGCUUUGAGGGCUGAACAUAGGGAACAAAAGAUAAUGAGGGUGAAGGGUUCUACUACAAUGCCUAGGAGGGAUGUUCCAUUUAAUAAAGAUCAAGAUCGGUUUUCAAACAAACGAGGUGGUCAAGGAUCUCAGAAUAGAUUUGAUCCAAAUAAAAGAUUUAAAGGUGAACCACAAAACAACAAGUCGGGGCAACAACCUUGGCCACAAUGUCAAAAGUGUGGAAAACGUCAUUUCGGGGUAUGCAAAGCAGCAAUAAGGAAGUGUUAUAAAUGCGGAAAGGAGGAUCAUUUGAUCAAGGAUUGUCCGAUGUGGAAAAAUGAGCAGAAGAAAGAGGAGCCUUCAAAGACUAAUGCCAGAAUCUUUGCUAUCACGCAAGCAGAUGCAGAUGCUAGCAAUACGGUGGUGUCAGGUAAUAUUACUAUCGAUGGCAUUCCUACUUAUGCAUUGAUAGAUUCAGGAGCCACACAUUCAUUUGCUUCUAUAAAUUAUUUGAAAAGACUUAGGAGACCUUUUGAAAAGUUAUCAAGUGAGUUUAGUGCAAUAUUACCGUCUGGAGAGAUAUUAUAUUCUAAUCAAUGGUUAAGAGCGGUUCCUAGAUGUAUGAUUAUGAGGUGA